AUGCCGGUUCAAAGAGAGGCGUCCGAGAAGGAAGCGACUCAGAAGAUCAAAGAGAAGGCAUCUGAAGAGAAGGAGCCAGCCCACACGACCAAGAGUAAGAAGGAGAACUCUCUUCGGCCGUCGUCUAGCACACAGCGAAGCGAGGAAAUCUUCGAUGGUAACCUGCAGCGGUUAAAGAGAUUUCUCAUAGAACACCAGGGACAAUGGCCGCUUUACCGUUCCAGCGAUGCGAUUGAGAAGCGCUUGUACAACUGGAUGCUGUGGCUGACAUGGGCAUUUUCUUCUUGUUCUAUUGGCCAUCACUGA